GUCAAUCUCUUUGGAAUUAUAGGAAACAUGCGGCAAAAAUGGAUGAAUGCAGUAAUGAUUUUUAUACUGAGUUGGACAAUCGGGAAUUUAGCUCAAGAAAUUUCGAGGAGUUCGCGCGAAUUGAGUGAGGGGACAUCUUGUAAUGGGCCUGAAAGUUUAUCUCAGAAAAAAUCAUCGAAAAUCGCGGAAAAAGCUGCUCAACAGGCGAAAGCUGCAUCGGAUGCGCAGAAUAUAGCCGGUGCACAAGCAGCCCAUCAAGUCAAGGCUCAGCUUGCGGAAAAGGCACUGGAAGCAGCGAAAGUCGUUGAGGUUGAAUUAUCAGGGAAAGAAACUGUUGUGGCCCAACUCCAACAGGAAGUGAAAGAGGCGGAAGCCGUUGUGAGGGAAGAAAUGGCAACAAUUCAGCAGACGAAACAACACGUCGACCGAUCUGUGCAAGCAGCAGGUCAAGCACAACAAGAAUUGAAGGCCUUGAAUCAAGCUCUUCAAGCUGGCCAAUCAAAUCUUCAGAAUGCAGAAGGUGCAGCGCAAGGAGCUCAACAUGAGCUGAUGGAUAAGCAUCACUUGGUGGAUGCUGCUAAACACAGAUUGUCGGAGCUCUCGAAAAGAUCGAAAUGCGUUAAGACCGACCUGGAGGAAACCCGUCAAGCUGUGCAGAAAGCCAAUGCAGCAGCUCAUCAGGCAAAAAUCAAUGCCGCCAGAAACAAGCGGUAUCCACUCCUACCAUCAGCAGGAUAAUUCAUCGGAGCACCUCCUAAUCCUGAUGAACGGCCUCCUUACCAUUUAUGAUUAAUCAUUAAUUCUAAUUAUUUCUCAUAAAAUAUAAA